UUAUUCUCGUUCCGUACAGCUGGUUAAAAGCCUUCUCCUUUAGUCGUCGUCCGCCAACGACGGUAUGUGUGCGGCACUAUCGCGCUGCAUUAAUCCUUGUACGCUUUUGUGUGUUUUCUCGCAACGUUUACCGAUUAUUUUUCAUAUAUAAUAAUCCAAAUUACGACAUUCCGAAUCGCACACAUUCGAUUCUUCGGAUCACUGAGUGAAAGUGAAAGUGUCCGACGACUUGAGCUAACUUUUUCAUAUAUUCCGCGCUAUAUCGUUUGUCUCUGUGUUCGAGUUACUGCCAGUGAAGGUGUCCGAGCAAAUAUUGCAAAUUGAUAUCAGGACUAAUUGUUUCUGUCACGUAAAAUAAAAAACCAUUUAACCAUGCACGUGUAAUUUACGUAGCAGAACCAUAAUUCGAUUUGCGAUUGAUUAAACAAUCGCAGGACGAUUAUCAUAUAUCUCGUGAGUUCUUCGGUCUACAAUUAGCGUUAUUGUGCUAAUGAGUCCUGCUCGCGCACUUUUUCGACAAAAUAUCGAAAUUAUCGUGGGAAUUUUCGUUUUACGUAAUCUCAGUGAAAACACGUUUUGCAUAUUCAACUUGGAAACAGUAAUCCAGUGGGCGAAAGUGACGGGUCAAACUCGUUCGACUUUCCAAAGAAAUUUGGUUGGCUUGGCGCGAUUCGAUCCUCGCUUCGUUCGCGCGUGUAAUCAUUUUGUUCGCGAACGAAUGUCAACGGUACGUAUGGUUUCAAUAUCUUUUCUCGCUUCAAUAUAAUCAGGUAAGAUAGAAAUACUUUAGUUAGUAAUUGUUCAUUCUGUUCAUAAAUCCUCGCGCCUUUCACGCAUCGAUCACGUACAUCAACGUGCAUGUUUGACAUUAUUUGAUCGAGAACGCAGAGUAUUUUUACGAUCAGAUGACUCGACGAAUAAAAAUACGAAUAGGUAGAAAUGUAUGCAGUUUCCUUAGGCCGGUAUUCAUGAUCUUAUAUAUUUAAGACCGUCUUAAGUUUAUCCUCAGAUAUUCCAUAGCCAAUAAAAUGAACAUCUGAAGAUAAACUUGAUUAGUGCUGUCAAUAUAAUCCGCACAUUUAUAUACUUGGGUAUCCGUGCUCGCGAGUAUUACCCGGGCAAUCAGAUACUUACGAGUCUGCCAAGCAUUCGUUCGUUUAUAUGUUAUCGUUAGAUAAUUCAAUGAUCGAGUAACAUCUGAUAUUAACCGUAUACUCGGGAAUACUUGAGUAAUACUUGAAAGAUCCGGGUAUCCCGAUAAUAUACCCGAAAUACUUCGGCUGUCCGAAAUCACUAAUCUUGAUCUUCGGUCAUUAACGAUUGCUGUGGAUUUUUCUCCUGUUUCAGUUUUAAUUUCGUCGCAACGAGACGAAAACGUGAGUGAAAAAGGUUAGGCGAUCGCUUGCGGUUACCGCGGUUUAACCGUGUAACCGUCGACAAUCUUGAAGAGGAGGAAGCACAAGCGUGCGCUGAGCUGCGCUACUUGUAAAAUAAUUCCCCGAGACGGCAAAUAAUUAGGCCUAACCGCUCAAUAUGAUAGCGAUGAGAGGGGAGGGGAGGGAGUGUUUCUGCUCGGUGCAAUCUCGGUGUCCCUUCGUGAGAUAAUGUGAUCUUUGCAAGUUGUAAUUCGAAGAUCGCUAAUGAUUCGACUAUGAUUUCUGCGACGCAAACGCCGUAUCGAGUUAACAAUCACCAAAAUUGAUACAGUCUUUCGUUAUUCUCAUAAAAAAAAAGGAUCGAAUAGAUAGAUUUAACUUAUUAAUGCAACUAUAAUUAGUCCGAAAUGUCGUUAGUGAAUUUCACUUUGCCCUAUCAAUCGGCGACAAUGGCUCCGUUCCUUUACACUGGAUCGGGAGCUGGGCAUACGGCGGCUAACAAUCUCCGUUUGAACGCUUUCUCGGGAGCUGUGCCGACUUUUAAUGAACAAGAAGAUUUUCACAACGAACCUUACGUGUCUCCAACCAAGCAUCGUCAGCGUCAGCAACGACGUCAGUCCACUCAACAAAAGAAUCGAGAGAUUUAUGCGAAGCACUCGUCUUCUUCGCCGACGCAAGAUACUCGUUAUGCCGUUUAUAAUCAAGACUUUAAGAGGACACAGCCGAGACAGCAACAACAACAACAUCAACAAAUGAGACCACCUCCCUCGUUGUUCCAACAACAGUCGAGUCAUUCGUCGGAACCGGUCAAAACUCGGGCACAAGAUCAAGAAAAUUAUCCGGAGAGACCUAAUGGUUACACGAGAAUUAACGGCGGGAGCUCCAUUGGUCCAGGUACUAAAACUUCGGUCCACGCUGUGUUGGAUUAUGACGAUGAUUUUGACGAUUAUUACGACGAUGAGGAUCAGGAUAUACCGGUAAACGCGCAUGUUACACCCAUUCAAGGUCCAAUUUUCCUCAAAAAUGGUUCUGUUCCUGUUGUACCGUUGUACUCGUAUCCCCAGCUAAAUAACGGCACAUUCGUACAAAUACCGAUACUUUGGACUGCGCUUUCGGUAGCAUUAGGUAUCGAACUGAAGGGUGACUUAAUACGAGGUACACCAUGUAUCAAAAGAUAUCAUCAAUUAUUUUGUCCAACUGCGGGAAAUACAUAUCCGAUAGAACGAAUAGAGCGUUUCAUCGAUGAAAAUAAGGCAUUGAUGAAAAGGAUGUAUGGCAACUUUGAGAUAAAUCCGGGAUAUGGAUCGAGUACGAGCAAACCUGGACAUCGCACUAGAACACGAAGAAAAAGUGAAGAAAUGCGGAAGCACGAUAUUCCGGACGGCGGGCCCAGAGAUCAAAAUGACGAGUUACAAGUGGAAAGCAAAAUUGACGAGAAAUAUGUUAGUAAGAGUAGAAAAACAAGACAGGUUCCUGAAAAACUGGACUCAGAUGAUGGCAGAAUUGACGCGUGCGAGUCUAAAAUUGAUAUUGUGACCCCCUUUUGGGCGAAUAACAGCGCUGGAAAGGUUCAUGCCAUUGUGAAUACUCAACAUUUUGAGCAAGCUAUACAUCAGGAAGUCUGCACAAAUACACAAACAAACCGUUGCAGAAUGGACUGUGGAUGCGAGCAGAAAUACAAGUGGCACAGAUUGCUUGCGUACGAUCCAGAUAAUGAUUGUAAAGGUAUAUUCAUGGAUUGGUUCCUCUUUCCUUCUUGUUGCGUUUGCAGAUGCCAGUCCUCGGCCGCUACUAAUUAAUUCCCUCCGACGAGUGGUAGGAAGUAAUGCGGCGUGACAAGUCGUGUAUAGUCGACAUAAUAUGAAAGUUGCGGCAUUUCUUUUCCGAUAAGUUUCGCAAUGUUUUCGGUGUCCAAUAAAAUACAAUACCAAACACGACCAUCUAUCUAAGUUAUCAUCGUACUUUUCAUUCCUGUUUUACCAUUAAAACAAUGCUUAAUUGCGAUCAUAAAUUUAUAAGGAAGGAAAAACAUAAAGUACACACAAAAUAUGCUGUAUGUAGUAGAAAUUAUAUUAGUUAU